UCAAUAAAAUGAGGGGUUCCAGAGAAGAAAAAGCGGAUUCAGCCUCUUCGGGUGAAGAUGAGGAAUCAUUGAGAGAAUUGGUGAGUUUUGACAAAGUUUAAACACUGAAGACUCCUGUUUGGGAAAUUUGUGAACUUUUCUCGCAGAUGCGGCAAGGUCUUAUGGCUAAUUCUCGUUAGGGUUGCGUUCUAUUUUUAUACUUGUUUUGGGUUUUUCUUGAGUGAUGCUUUGUGUUGUUUUGAUCGAUAUAGAUUAAUAAACAUCGCAAACAACAGUUGUUUACGAAUCUGCGGAUAGCUCUGCAUCAAUCUUUAAACAUCUUGUUCCACACAACUGAGCCCUGACCUAUUAUAAUCACAAUAAUAUAUCCAGAUGUUUCCUUAUUAAACCUUCCUUUGCUCUAUUUUCCUGCUGUUCCAAGGUAUCGAUUGCACUGAUCUAUUAAAUCAGAUUUUGCACCUGACAUUUUACUAUUUUCAAGCUCAUUUAAGCAAUUAAGCAAAGAGUAAAUGCACUUAAAUAAUGGAUCACAUAGAAAUGUAACUUAGAAAAAUAUUCUAAUUUAUGCACUAAUAGUAAUACGAGCUGUCACGAUUAAAGAAGAUGAUCAGUUUGUCAUUGAAAAUUGUCAGCUGGCCACAUGAUUCGUUUCGUUUUGAUAACCUGACAUGCAACACCGAAAAAUUAUUAUAAUUUAUGCAAUAAUUAAUAAUAAUUCAAGCUGUCAUAAUUAAAUAAGGUGAACAGUUUUUCAUUUAGAUGUGCUAGCUGGCCAAGCAGUUUGUCUCAAUCAUCUAAAAUGCAGCAUGGAAAAAUUUUUUAAAAAUUUAUGUACUUUCAGUAAUACAAGCUUUCUUAAUCAGGGAGGUGAUCAGUUUGUUAUUGAGAUUUACCAGCUUUGCAUUGAGAUUUGCCAGCCCAGGGGAAUAUGACAUUUUCAGGUUUUCAAAAUCACCUGCUGGACUCCUAACAUGGCAGGUAGGUCAAACUCCUGACCUGAAAUCAGUGGGUAAAUGUCAAAAUCCCCAUCUAAGGAGGAUCCUCCCAAUCAAUUUCCUGCAGGUAGCUUGUCCCCCCCUCCCACCCCAAUCCUGGGGCAAACCAUUGGUAGGUGCAUUUAUCUAGCAGUAUCACUCACCAAAAGGAGAUUGAGAGGGGUGAAAUGGGAAGGACCUUUUAGAAGAGAGGAGGGGUCUGCUAGAGUUUUAGCAAUUAGUGCCAGACCCCUGAUGAGCAUCUCCCCCACUCCUCUCAAAUCUUCGUUUGGGCAGGAAAAACAUGCUUCCUGCAGCACUAUUAAUAAGGGCUUGCUCACAGGCAAGCAAAUGAUGAGAUGUUGUUUGCUCUGCAUAUUUUUUUGCUUAUGUGAUUGGGUAUUUUUUGUUUUGUUUUGUUUUGUUCUUUGGGAAAGAAACAGGCAAUUCAGGCAAGCAGUAAAGGAGCAAAAAAGACCAAAAACAAAUGUCAACUUCAUGAACUGGUAACUGAUUUUAUUUUGUUUAGCAUCACUGCACUCAUGCUAUGCACAAAUAAAAUGAGACCCAAAAAUGAAAUAAACUUUUACACCCCAAUAUCAGUGAGCAUAUUCUCUAUACUGUUUUUCAUACAUUUUUUUGAGGUGCUAAUUAGGAGAAUUUGUUGAAAAAUCAAGACUUUCUUUUCUUGGAAAUCAUUCCUUUAGUCUUGUGGCCUUAACAUGUGAUUUGUGGGUGAUUUUGUAAGGAGUAAUUAGAUAACAGACUCUCACAGAGGUGGUAAAUUAUGAGCUCUGUUAUUGAGAAGGCAAGAUAUUAUUCAUUGGUUGACAAUUAUAGAACUAAUAGAGAAAUUUGUGAUUUGUAUAUUGCCACAUAACGCUGUCAACAUUGUGGUAGAACACCUGUCACAUCAUUUGAAGUUGGUAGUAGCCUAGUUCACCAGGAGGGUCUCUAUAGCUCAGAGGUAGAACACUACAAAACAAAAUCUAGAAUUCUGAGGUUUUUUGUCAUAGGAGACUUUGCUUUUUUCUUUUCUCUUUUGUGAUCAAUUAAUAACAUCUUUCUUUUAUCCUUUGACUCCUAAGAGUAAUUAGCUUCUGAUUUCUCUUGAGUAAAGACUUGAUUGUGGCAGUAAGUAUACUUGGGGAAAAACUAUUUUGUAUCUCUGUUUAACCCUGUAACUCUCAUGAGUGACCAAGACAGAGUUUCUCCUUACAAUAUCAUUACAGUAUCAACCAGACAAGUGAUGAGAAUGAAGAAAAAUAUCAAUUUGGGGAUAAUAAGUUGAUCCAAUACUUAAUUCUCUGACCUAACAUUAUAAGAAUUGUAUGGUUGACAGUAAGGAGAAUGACAAAUUUGAUCUGGGAGUUAAAUGGUUAAUGCAUUGUAUUGUUUCUGUUAUAAGUAAAUUAUCAAUACAAAAUACAUAAUUGUAAACUCUACUCCUUAGAACAGUAGCUUAAUUUAAAUUUCCCUUUGUUCAAUGUUUUGAUUCCACUAUGAAUAUGAAACACACUGUUCUCCCUUACUUUGAGCAUGACAGAUAAAAAAACAUUUUAAACCAACUAAGCAUUGAAUUUUCAAGAAUUUCAAUCAAUUUUAGGCAGUAGUAAGAGAUUAUUUCAAGAUGUAAACCUGAAGAGGAGAACUGUGGAAACAUCAUGAUGACAGUUUCAUCAAAUCAUUUUAUCUGCAUAUAAUUACUGCACUUGGUUUUUCACUCAGUUCCAUGUUACUGUCCUUUGUUUGAAAGUCUCACAAUGAAGCACAGAUCAUACAUUCAAAAAUAUGUUUAAUUGUGGUGAGAUAAGUGAAUGGUUAAUUUCUUGCUGAUAUUAUUGUCAGCAUGAUAUACAACUAAAUAUCCACUCAUUGGACAUGUUUUAGGGUAAUAAUUAAAGAACAAAAGCAUUCUAUUUUGAUCAUGCAAACCACCUUAGAAAAAGCUUUUGUUUAAGAAUAACAUUUUGAAAUAAUUGUUUUUUUGGUGAGUUAUCUUGAACUUCUUUGUAGUUUUAUUCUUCAUUUCUGUAAAUGUACCAAAAACCUUUUUUCUGUGGUGCAAAUGUUUUGUCUUGUCUUCAGGAUGUAUUGUUUCUCAGAACAACGAUUAAAAUUAUUGCUUACAGAGUGGAACCAAUCUUUUUAAAUCUAUUUUUGGUAGUAUUGAUACUAUGCUGCAUUGAGGUGUAUGUUAUUUAAAAAUAUUUCAAAACUUCAUUUCACAAAACAAGAUACCAGUAUGUCCAUGUGUUCAAAAAUUAUAACAGCACAGCAAUGGGCAAACUUAUGUUACAUGGUAUGUGGAGAAUUUCUAAUAUUCAGUAAAGAUGUUUCUUUCAAAUAAUUUUGCUGACCAAGCUGUGAAAGAGUGGAAAAGCCCUCUGAUUGAUUUGAAAGGAACAAAGUUUUUAUCCAUUUUUAAAGAAAAACUAAAAACUUUUUUAAAUGGGUUUAACUAAUUUUAAGUAAUUUCUACUUUGAUAUUCAAUUCAUUUUCAUUUCACAAAACAUUUUCACUCUCUUUAUGUAUCAGGAAUAUAUGUUACUUUUUAUUCAUAUUUGUUUUUUAUAACCAACCAGGCAAUUAAUUAGUCAUGGAGGGUCCCACUGAAAAAUGCCUCGGCAAGUUAGGUUCCCUCAUUAAAUAUCAUAAUUAUUGUCAUCAUUAUUACUACUUUCCUAUUUCUGACUGUAAAUAUAUUAAAAUCAUAGAAUUAUUUGAACUGCACUGAAGAAAUGAAUAUGAAAGCAAUCUUUGCAGUUAUAAAUGCUACUUAGGUAAUAGUGGAAAUAAGGCCUGAAGAAAAUUCACUGCACAUGUGUUGCACAGGUCAUGGGUUCACAUCCUGUACAGUCCUGAAUUUUUUUCAGGCCUUAUUUUCACUACUACUUUUUAGUAAUGAAGAUCACCUUCAUUUACAUUUCCUAUUUCUGCUAUAUUGUGCUGUAAAAUGUAGCUUGGAGUAUGAUGCAGAUUACUCAGCUUUCCCUCAUGCUGAAGGGUGUCAUUUGGCACUUUCACAACACAAUGUAGAAUCUCUAUCAAACCUUGAUUUGAAGUAAGCUUUUUCUUAACCCUUUCAAUCCCAAGAUCUCUCUCUCUCCUUACUUUCUGCCACACACUGCUCAUAGUUUUAGUUCUAAGAAUUAAUUCUUGGAUCGAACAUUUGGUUAUCUCCUAAAGGAUAUUUUUCUAUAUUCUCAUUACUUAUCUGCAUGAAAUUGUACUGGUGUUGUUAGGAGAAAGUAUGUCUUGGUCACUGCUGGGAGUGAAUUGGUUAAUAAGCAAUUCUCUUUUUUUUCAUAUAGUGCACAGUAAAUGGGAUCAAAUUUGAAAAGCUUCAGAAAGGAGCAGGAAAGAAUGUUGCUAGUCUGGAGAUGUUCUUCUCUGGAUUUCCCAAGAUUAUUGGUAUGGAGAACUUCCCAGAUCUUCAAAAUUUAACUCUGAUGGGACAACAGAUUACAACACUGGAGAAUCUGGACUGUUUGCCAAACCUUACAGAGUUAUGUGUGUCUGAAAGCAAGAUAACUGUAAGUACAAGUCAAGGUUGAAUUCUCAAAUAUUAAUGGGGAACUUAAGCAAACCAUGCCUCUAUUAAAAAGAAAAAAACAUGAAAUUGCCAAAAUUUGCGAGGUCUAAGAUUGGAAAAUCCUAAAGCAAAUUAUUAAAAUUUCAAAUUGGCAGGAUUCAAACUUGUGCCUGCCAGAAACCACCAACUGAGCUAUAAAGUCACACAUUGAGAGGAAGGUACAUUUAGGACAAACAUCUUCGGUAGACACAAUGUCUAAAGUUAAAAUUCCUCCAUUUUAGAAAUUCCCCAACUUUUUUUUUAGGUUAAGUGGUUGUUGGUAUGGUUAUUGUGAGAAAUUUUGUGAUUGGCAGAUUUAGCUGAGUUGACUUAGAGUGAUUGGUUGCUUCAACAGCCAACUGUCCAAUUACAGCCAACUCUCUGAUUACAGUCAACUGUCCAAUUACAGCAACUGUCAGAUUACACUGUCCAAUUACAACUGUGCAGAAUGACUUGUGAAAAAGAAAGCAGUUAACUCACUAAUCACAAGUUAGGAAAUUAUAAUUAUGAUACUGUUUAUUGAUUACUAUGAAUUUCUACUUUCCAGGCUAUCUCUGGCCUUGAUGGCUGUAAGAAGUUGAAAAAGCUGUUCUUAUAUGACAACAAGAUUACAAAGAUUGAGAAUAUUUCUCACCUGGAACAGCUGAAUGUUUUAUGGCUGAACAACAACAAUAUCAUUGCAAUUGAGGUAUGA